UGAGGCAUUUCGGUCUAACACGAUUCUGUGUCUCACAACCACAUCUUUAGAAAAUAGCUUUUGCCCAACAGAAAUCUAAGUCUUUAUUGUACUUGACUAAACCAUAUCACAUGGUGAUGGACACAGGAUUCCUUCCUUUCUCAGAUCACAUGCUUUCACUGUGGGAGUGGACUCCACCUCUCCUUCACUUAUUUGGUCGCUUUUUCUCUUUGUCACGGCCUCUUGGACUAUUCCAAUUGCUCUGUGUCGUUAUUGCUCUGUCACAAGGCCUUUUCCCAUAGCUCUAUUCCGUGCUCAGUUAGAUCCAAUUUUAAACACUAGCAUGUAUCCACAGCUUGAAAGAUCAGCACCAUCUACAUCUGCUUCUACUUCUGCUGGAUCCUCAGUGCCUGCCUUUGCUACAUACAGGCCUUCCACAACAAUAAGAGGUAUCAUGUGUUUCUGAGUUUCAGGGGACCAGAUGUCAGAAAGACUCUGGUCGAUAAUCUCUAUCAAGCUCUCUCUGCAGCAGGACUAAAUGUUUUCAUAGACACUGACAAACUGGAAAGGGGGGGAAUCAUUGACUUGAGCUUGGAAAUAGCGAUCGAGAGCAGUGCCAUACGCAUUCCUAUAUUUUCCAAAGGCUACGCAGACUCAGCUUGUUGUCUCAAGGAUGCUGCUGCCAUGUUGAAGACCCCUGGCUUGAUUAUUCCCCUGUUUUACCAUGUGGAUCCAACUCAUGUUAGAUAUCCUUUGAAGGAGCGCAGUCCGUACAGGCAAGCAUUUGACAGACAUUAUCGCCAUUUAGAUCGAUACCCAAAAGUAGAGAUUGACGGGUGGAAGAAUGCUCUUGAACAGAUCUGUUCUCGCUCAGGCUGGUCCACAGAUCUUACUCAAGGCUACGAAACUAAGCUAGUAAAGAUGGUGGUGACUGACCUUGUUAAGACAUUGGACAGAGUGCCGUUAGAAGUUGCCAAGCAUCCUGUGGGAUUAGAGAGUGCAAUGAAUUCUGUCGUUGAGAAAUUAAAGCUCAGCUCAGUGGAGGAGGUGAUCAAAGUUGGAAUAUGGGGUAUUGGUGGAAUUGGCAAGACCACAAUUGCCAAGGCUGUGUACAAUCAUUUAUACAUUGAUUUUGAAGCUCCCUGCUUUGUAUUUAAUGUGCAGGCUGCUGUGGACCUCAAGGGCCUUAUAAAUUUGCAGAAAAAAGUUCUGCAAGACUUAUUCAAUUACAGUGAAAAAGUGGACAGUAUUGAAAAAGGCAAAUCCUUGUUUAGAGAUCGGUGGGGAGGAAAACGUGUGCUUCUUAUUUUGGAUGAUGUGGAUUCUCCUGAACAAUUGAAUGCUUUAGUUGGGGAUUGGCUGGCCCCUGGUAGUAGAGUUGUUAUAACUUCUAGAGACCAACACAUUUUCAAUGUUGCUGUUGCUGAAUGCAUCCAUGAGAUGACUGGAUUGGAGAAAAGUGAGAGUCUCCAAUUAUUUAAUUGGCAUGCUUUUCAAGGAACAUCUCCAGAUCCCACACACAAAGAUCUGUCCGAUAGAAUAGUGGAUGCUUGUAAGGGGCAUCCACUUUCAUUGGAAGAGAUCGGAUCUUUCUUACAAGAUGAGAAGAAUCGCAGUUACUGGAAAGAAGCUCCUCACAACAUUCCUCACAACGCAAACAUCCACAAAAAACUCUACAUCAGUUAUAAUGGUCUCACUAAUGUUGAAAAAGAAAUAUUUGUCGACAUUGCUUGCUUUUUCAUUGGAGAACACAAAAAAUUUCCCAUUGUCUUCUGGAAAUCCUUGUAUACGACGGUAGACACUGCUCUACUUAAUCUUUCAAUGAAGUUAUUGAUAAAAUUGAUGAUGAAGCUGUAUUUCAGAUGCAUGACAAUUUGAAAGAAAUGGGGCGGACCAUUGCUGAAACAGAAAAACAGGGUACCCGAGAAAGGGUCGUUGCCUCUUCAAGCACCGUAUCCAACGACAACAAUUUCUCUCGCCUUCGGAUCGAUGGAAAUGAAUACACUAGUCCACAAAGCCUCAAAAUGCUGUGCAGACCUAAUCUUCAAUUUCUUCAUUUGCAGGAUCUGCCUAUUGAAGGCAUGACAGAAGGUACGCUAGCGAGGCUUCCUCCAAGAUUGAUAUGGUUAAGGUUGACAAAUUGUGACAUUAAAAUAAAAAAGAAAAGAACAGUAACUAAGAUGUUUAGAGCAAUAGGGAAGUUUGUAGGCAACAUCGGGCAAUUGAAGAAACACAUUGGCGAAGAGUCAAAGCUGCAGAAUUUGGACUUGAGCUACUCUGAAAGAUUAAAAAAAAUUCCUGCUACGAUUUGGAGUCUGCCACAUCUGCAGCUCUUAAACUUGCAAUGCUGUAGGCAGUUAAGUAAACUCCCUAAAACAAUUGGCAACCUGUCAGAGCUGCAGGAGUUAAAUUUGGAAGGCUGUGUAAGUUUAAAUAAACUACCUGGCUCAAUUGGCAACCUAUCACAGCUGCAGGACUUAAACUUAGGAUGUUGUGGACAGUUGAAUGAACUCCCUGGUACAAUUGGCAAUCUUUCAAGGCUAAAGAGCUUUAAUUUGCAAUGGUGUUGCAACUUAAAUAAACUCUCUGAUACAAUUGGCAACCUGUCACAGCUGCAGUAUUUAAAUUUGGAAGGGUGUGAACGUUUAAGUGAACUCCCUUAUAUAAUUGGUAAUCUGUCACAGUUGCAGCUAUUAAAUUUGAAAAAAUGUGAGAUUUUAAUUUCAUUCCCUCGAACAAUUGAGAACCUGUCACAGCUGCAACACUUAAACUUGGAAGGGUGUUGCCAAUUAAAUGAACUCCCUUAUACCAUUGGCAACCUGGUACAGUUGCAACACUUAAACUUGGGAGGAUGCUGCAAAUUAAAUGAACUCCCUUAUAGCAUUGGCAACCUCUCACGGUUGCGACACUUAAGCUUGGAAGGAUGUAGCAAGUUAAAUGAACUCCCUUAUGACAUUGGCAACCUCUCACAGUUGCAAUACUUAAACUUGAAAGGGUGUUGGAGGUUGACAAGACUCGCAGAUACUAUUCGUGACCUGUCACAGCUACAGAAUUUAGAUCUCAUUACUUAAUGUUUCUUUGGAAAUUGAAAAUGACAUCUUCUCUACCCUAAAAAAAAAUAGAUUUGCUAUAGCACUGUUAUUUCAUUUCCGUUCUGAACAAAAUUGUUAGUCUAACUUCGUGACUUCAAAAGAAAAUGUUGUUUUGCUACGGUGAA